GCUUCCACACGUGUGGUACCUGUCCAUGGACUACCAGUUCUUCGUUGUGGGUGUUCCCCUGUUCCUGCUGCUCAAGAACCGCAGGCCCAUGGCGAUCGGAGCGUUCGCCUUUGUCGGGCUGUUGGGGUGCUGCGUUUGUGCCUGGCAAGUGACUCAAUGGGAGAUCGCCCCCUUCAUGGUGUUCCUUGCGCCUAAGCUGGCCACCGUUGGCGACACCGUGAACAAGUAUUAUAUCCUUCCAUCGUACCACGCGGUGUGCUAUUUCACUGGUUGCAUUGCCUACCUUGUUGCUGACAACUUGCGGCAGCGAAAGGUGUCCAAGGUGGUUCAGAUCGUCUGCUGGACUGUGUCCUUCACCACUGGCAUAUGCUGCGUUUACAUAAAGUGUGUGUGGUACACUGGUGAUACGCCGACAUCAGACCUUGGCAAAAUGGCCACGGCAUUCUUCGACCGCAUCAUGUGGUCGAUGUUCAUUGGCUGGAUCACAUUGGCCUGCAUUUCAGGACGCGGAGGCUUUGUGUCCAAAUUCCUGUCGUGGGCUCCCUUCGCACCUUUGAGCCGCCUGUCUUUUGCUGUUUACCUCAUCCACUUCCCCUUCAUCGAAAUCAUGCUGCAUACAUCAAGGGAACGCCUCUACUACUCUCACUUCAAUCAGGUGACUUUGUUCUUCUCGGUGUUGAUGUGGAGCUACAUUCUCGCCUACUUCAUGUAUCUGGUGUGCGAGGGCCCCACGGCCAACCUGGACAAGCUGGUGUUUGGUUCCACCACAAGACCGCGGGCCGAGAAUGCGGCGUCCACGACAGUCCCGAAGGCCAGCAACGGGACUCAAGAAGUGGUCUUCGAAAUCCCUCGCAUAGUGUUAGAGAACGACGAGAAGAAGACUGUCAACGGCGCACACUGAGAAGUCGACGCUGCUAAGCUGAGAGGUGGACAUUGUGAACUUCAAUUCGUGAACACUGCCUUCGCGUUCGGUGGUUCCUGAACUGAUGUGGUGGUGAAUUUUGCGUUGGACAGUUCGGUGGCACGAAAAACAGUGCAAAAGGCAUCAUCCGAAGUGAACACUUAGGUUCCCUUGAAUGAAAGGGUUCUUCAGCGAAGCGUCCUUUCAGCUGCGGAGCAACAUUCAUCUCAAAAUGCGCCCAAGCCAAACGUCGAUCUCUCUUAACACGAAGAACAUUUCUUUGUAUUUGUUUCUCGGUACUCCUCCGUGAUAUUACAGCCACCUUAUGUGUAGACAGCGGCCUGCAAAGGAAGCCUAAAGAUGCUGCUGUCGAGCACGGUGGCCUCUUUAGUUCCCUGGGAGUUCCGGUCGUGCUGCAGGCUCCCUA